UUAAAUAUGGUUGAUAGUAGUCAAAUUGUAUUUACUAUUUAUUUUAAUAUAUUUAAAUUAAACACAAGAAUAAAGUCGUUUGGAAUCGUUUUUUACUCAAUUUUUAUAAAUCAUUUAUAAUGAGUACAAAAGAAGCAACUGCAGCCCCAGAGAAAAAGAAAAAAGAGAGUAUUUUAGAUUUAACAAGGUACUUGGAAAAAGCCAUUAGGGUAAAAUUUUCAGGAGGCCGAGAAGUAUCUGGAAUUCUGAAAGGAUUUGACCCAUUAGUAAAUCUGGUAUUGGAUAAUACUUUAGAGUAUUUGAGAGAUCCAGAUGAACCUAUGAAAUUGACUGAAGAUACGCGAACGUUGGGCUUAGUUGUUUGUCGAGGGACAUCAAUUGUAUUAAUUUGUCCUGUUGAUGGUAUGGAAGCAAUUGCUAACCCUUUUGUACAACAAGACUAAAUGUUAAAAUUGUAUUUAUGAUUUAAUUAAUAAAAUUAAUUAUAUGGCUAUA